AUGUCCUCAUCACCAUGUCCUCCUCCUCUUUCUAUCUUCUUCUUCUUCUUCUUAUUUUCUUCUUCCCCUUCACUUUAUGUCCCUCAUCACCAUGUCCUCUUCCUCUUUCUAUUUUCUUCUUCUUCUUCUUCUUCUUCUAUAUCUUCACUGCUCCUAACCUCUUCUUCCUUGUCCUCAUUACCAUGUCCUUCUAUUUUCUUUUCUUCUUCUUCUUCUCUUCUUUUCCUUUCUCCCAAUUGCUACCACCAUCUUCUUCCCUAUGUCCUCAUCACCAUGUCCUCCUCCCUCUUUCUAUUUUCUUCUUCUUCUUCUUCUUCUUUCCUUUCUUCUUCUUCUUCUUCUUCCUCCUCAUCACAAUGUCCUCCCCUCCUUUCUAUUUCCUUUUCUUCUUCUUCUUCUUCUAUAUUUCCUCAUUACCAUGUCCUCCUCCUCUUUCUUUCUAUUUUCUUUUCUUCUUCUUCUUCUUCGUCCUCUUCUUCUUCUUUCUUCUUCUCUUCUUCACCAACUUCUUCUCUUCCUAUGUCCUCAUUACCAUGUCCACCUUUCUAUCUUCUUCUUCUUCUUCUUUCUUUCUUCAAUCACCAUCUUCUUCCCUAUGUCCCUCUCACCAUGUCCUCCUCCUCUUUCUAUUUUUUCUUCUUCUUCUUCUUCUUCUUCACUGCUACCAUCUUCUUCCCCACUUCACCAUGUCCUCCCCAUCUUCAUUUUCUUCUUCUUCUUUCUUCUUCUGUCCCCACUUCUUCUUCUUCUUCUUCUUCACCUACCAACUCUUUUCUUCCUAUGUCCUCCUCCUUUCUAUUUUUUCCUUCUUCUUCUUCUUCUUCUUCUUCUUCUUCUUCUUCACUGCUACCACCAUCUUCCCUUCCCAUCACCAUGUCCUCAUCUUUCUAUUUUCUUCUUCUUCAUCUUCCUUUCCUCAUCUUUUCCCUAUGUCCUUUCAUUGUCCUCCUCCUCUUUCUAUUUCCUUCUUCUUCUCUUCUUCUUCUUCUUCUUCUUCUUCUUCACUGCUACCACCUUCUUCCCUAUGUCCCAUCACCAUGUCCUCAUCAUCUUUCUAUUUUCUUCUUCUUCUUCUUCCUUUCUUAUUUCUUCUUCUUCACUUCUUCUUUUCCCUAUGUAUCCAUUCUUCUUUUCUUCUUUUUCUUCUUCUUUUCUGUAUCCAUUCUUCUUUUCUUCUUUUUCUUCUUUCUUUUUCUGUAUCCUUCUUCUUUUCUUCUUCUUCUUCUUCUUCUUCUUCUUCUUCUUCUUCUUUCUUCAUCGUCUUCUUUCUUCUUCUUCUUCUUCUUCACUGAUACCACACCAUCUUCUUCCUAUGUCCUCAUCACCAUUUCCUCCUCCUCCUUUUUCUAUUUUCUUCUUCUUCUUCUUCUUCUUCUACUUCUUCUUCUAUCAUUAGGCUUUAUCUUCUUCUUCUUCUUCUUCUUCUUCUUCUUCUUCAAAAAUCUUCUUUUAUCUAAUAUUCUUUUCUUUUAUGAUUUUUCUUCUUCUCAUAUUGAUCUAAUAUUCUUUCUUUCUUUCUUUCUUUCUUUCUUUCUUUCAAAACCCAGCUGUGGAUAA